UCGCUCCGCAGCGGCUGCGCCGGGCCCGGGCCGGCCGCGCUGCCGGCGCCGCUGGGGCCUCGGCGGGGAGCGAGCGAGGCGAGGAGGGAGGCCCGGCCCGGUGCUCCCCGAGACGGAGCGGGGGAGCGGGAGAGCCCCGCGUCCUCCGCCCGCUUUGUUAGCCGGGCCCUCCGCAGGGAAGGGGACCGGGCCGGUGCCCCCGGAGCUGCCGAGUCCUUUCUUUGCGGAGCAUCGUCUGCGGGACUAGUGCAGAGGAAACAACAGGUCUCGCUCCCUGCUCGCCUGCCAAAGCGACGCCAGCGCCUUGCUCUUGGGAUUAUAAAUGUUUGAACUAAGACGCAGGGAACGGGAAGGAGAGCUUCCCGUUGGAAUUAAUAUAAGAGAAAAGAAGGGAGGCUUUUCCAAAUCCUCUACAAGAAAGCUCAUGCUGUUUUCCCCUGCUGUCCGUACUCUGUUUAAUAAUGCGAUUGUGACCUGAGUGGAAUUUAUGAGCGAUGAAGUGUUGAAGCUUCUCCAAUCUCUGCAUCGGACUACUUUUCUUUUUUUUUUUUUUUGGUCACCACAUGAUUCCUCUAUCCCAGCUGUUGCAGGACCUAUGGGCCAGUAAUAGAGGGAUGGGAAGCUGAGACAGUUUAUUUUCACAUUCUUCUGUGCCGAGGACUUCACGAGAUAGCUGAAGCUGCUGCUUUUUACUGGAUCUGCUCUUUCCUCGGCAGGUUUUUUAUUUUUUUUUCAUGUGUUUUGAUUAAACAGUCAUUGGACUGGAGCUGGAUGGGUGCUUUGCAAUCCGAAGGGUUUUGGGGGAUAACAGAAAACUGCUAAUACAGAGAAGAACUGGUGCUGCAGGAAACCUGGGGCCUGUUUUCCAAGCCUUUUCGUUUUAUUGAGCAAGAUGAUGUGUGAGGUGAUGCCAACCAUCAGUGAGGCCGAGAUUCCCGCCGGGGGAAAUGGAGGCCACGGUUCAGGUUCCCCGUUGCAGUCAGAUGCUGAUUCCCACUUUGAGCAGUUAAUGGUGUCCAUGCUGGAAGAGAGGGAUCGCCUGCUGGAAACGCUCCGAGAAACUCAGGAGACGCUCGCCCUCACCCAGGGCAAGCUGCAUGAGGUUGGCCAUGAGAGGGAUUCCUUGCAGAGGCAGCUCAAUACUGCACUUCCACAGGAAUUUGCAGCGCUCACAAAAGAGCUGAAUGUAUGCAGGGAGCAGCUGCUUGAAAGGGAAGAAGAAAUUGCUGAAUUGAAAGCAGAAAGGAAUAACACGAGGCUAUUACUGGAACAUUUGGAGUGUCUUGUCUCCAGGCAUGAGCGAUCCCUCAGGAUGACUGUUGUGAAGAGGCAAGCUCAGUCUCCAGCAGGAGUUUCUAGUGAAGUAGAAGUUCUCAAAGCACUAAAAUCCUUAUUUGAGCACCACAAAGCCCUUGAUGAAAAGGUAAGGGAGAGAUUACGAGUAGCACUUGAAAGGUGUAGCUUAUUGGAAGAAGAACUAGGUACUACACAUAAAGAGUUAAUGAUUCUGAAAGAGCAAAAUAAUCAGAAGAAAACACUUCCAGAUGGGAUGCUGGAUAUAAAUCAUGAACAAGAAAAUACACCAACUACAAAUGGGAAGAGAUCCUCUGAUGGUUCAUUAUGCCACGAUGAAAACCUUGCUAAAGUGAUUGAACUCCAGGACAUCAUAGAUAAGCAAAACAAAGAGCAGACACAAAUGAAAGAACGCCUCACUGCUUUGUCCAGCAGAGUAACAGAGCUGGAAGAAGAUCUAGACACAGCAAGGAAAGACUUAAUAAAAUCUGAAGAAAUGAACACAAAGUUACAGAGGGAUGUACGAGAGACUCUGGCCCAGAAGGAGGACAUGGAGGAGAGAAUCACCACUCUGGAGAAACGCUACCUCGCUGCACAACGUGAAGCUACAUCCGUGCAUGACCUCAAUGAUAAACUUGAAAAUGAAAUUGCCACUAAAGACUCCAUGCACCGACAGAGCGAAGAUAAGAACAGGCAACUGCAAGAGCGACUGGAACUGGCUGAGCAAAAGCUGCAGCAGACCCUGAGGAAAGCUGAGACUUUGCCAGAGGUGGAGGCUGAGCUGGCACAGAGAGUGGCAGCACUUACAAAGUCUGACCUUUUGUCUCCUGGGAGCUCUGCUGCUAAAGAUGCUAAAGUUUUGGAACUUGCCUCCAAGCUUAGGAAGGCUGAGGAGAGACACGGCAAUAUUGAGGAGCGGCUGAGACAGAUGGAGGCACAGCUUGAAGAGAAGAAUCAAGAACUGCAAAGGGCUAGACAGAGAGAGAAGAUGAAUGAAGAACAUAAUAAACGUUUGUCAGAAACUGUUGAUAAGCUUCUGUCUGAAUCCAAUGAAAGGCUCCAGCUUCAUCUCAAGGAGAGGAUGGCUGCCCUGGAAGACAAGAAUUCACUUCUUCGAGAAAUUGAAAAUGCAAAAAAACAAAUAGAAGAACUUCAGCAUGAAAAGGAUCAACUUGUAUUAAAUGUUGAUGCAUUAAGAGCUGAAAACGACCAAGUGAGGCUCAGAACCACAUCACUUCAUCACAGCAGAGCGGAUUUCAGAUUCCCUGUGCCAUCCUCCUCUGUGGGGGACAGUCACACAGACUCCUACGGCACGUCCUCGGUGCUGAGGCGGCCCCAGAAGGGGCGUCUGGCUGCUCUCAGGGACGAGCCUUCAAAGGUUCAGACCCUGAAUGAGCAGGAUUGGGAGCGGGCCCAGCAAGCCAGUGUGUUGGCAAACGUGGCACAAGCAUUUGAGAGUGAUGUGGAUGUGUCUGACAUGGAGGACGACAGGGAGACCAUUUUCAGCUCAGUUGAUCUGCUGUCACCAAGUGGUCAGGCCGAUGCUCAGACUUUGGCCAUAAUGCUGCAGGAACAGUUGGAUGCAAUCAACAAAGAGAUCAGACUGAUCCAGGAGGAGAAGGAGAACACGGAGCAGCGCGCGGAGGAGAUCGAGAGCCGCGUGGGCAGCGGCAGCCUGGAGGCGCACGGCCGGUUCCGCUCGCUGGGCUCCAUCGCCCCCGCGUUCGGCGGGGCCCUGGCCGGCUCCUCCCCGCCCGGCAGCGGCCGCUCCACGCCCCGGCGCGUCCCGCACAGCCCCGCCAGGGAGGUGGACAGGCUGGGCGUCAUGACUCUGUCUCCAGCUUCCAGAGAAGAGGUACGAGAUGACAAAACCACCAUUAAAUGUGAGACAUCGCCACCUUCUUCACCUCGGUCCUUGCGUCUGGACAGAGUCCAGAAAGGAGCUCUGCACACAGUGAGCCACGAAGAUAUCAGGGACAUUAGGAAUUCAACAGGUUCACAAGAUGGCCAAACAAGUAAUCCUAGUAGCAGUAACAGCAGCCAAGAUUCCCUCCACAAAGCCCCCAAAAAGAAGGGGAUCAAAUCCUCCAUUGGCCGCCUGUUUGGCAAGAAGGAAAAGGGACGACCUGGGCAAGGAAGCAAGGAAGCUCUAGGACAAGGUGGCCUGGGAGAAGCAGAUGGUUCCUCUCAGGAUGCAUUAGGCCUCAGCAAACUUGGAGGUCAAGCAGAGAAAAACAGGAAAAUGCAGAAAAAGCACGAGUUGCUGGAGGAAGCCAGAAGACAAGGUUUGCCUUUUGCACAGUGGGAUGGGCCCACUGUGGUGGUGUGGCUGGAGCUGUGGGUGGGGAUGCCAGCCUGGUACGUGGCUGCCUGCCGAGCCAAUGUGAAAAGCGGUGCUAUCAUGUCAGCCCUGUCUGACACGGAAAUCCAGCGGGAAAUUGGCAUCAGCAAUCCCCUGCACAGGCUCAAGCUCCGCCUGGCUAUCCAGGAAAUCAUGUCCCUAACCAGCCCCUCUGCCCCUCCCACCUCAAGGACGACCACGGGAAAUGUCUGGGUAACACAUGAAGAGAUGGAAAAUCUUACAGCCACACAACAAACGACAUUAGCCUAUGGUGACAUGAACCACGAGUGGAUUGGCAAUGAGUGGCUGCCAAGCCUGGGGCUCCCUCAGUACCGCAGCUACUUCAUGGAAUGUCUGGUGGACGCUCGGAUGCUGGAUCACUUAACUAAAAAAGACCUGCGUGGGCAGCUGAAAAUGGUGGACAGCUUUCACAGGAACAGUUUUCAGUGUGGAAUUAUGUGCCUCCGAAGACUGAAUUAUGAUCGAAAAGAACUGGAAAGAAAAAGAGAAGAAAGCCAGAAUGAAAUUAAGGAUGUCCUGGUGUGGAGCAACGAGAGGAUGAUCCACUGGGUGGUGUCCAUCGGCCUUAAGGAAUACGCGAAUAACCUGCUCGAGAGCGGCGUUCACGGCGCACUUGUGGCCUUAGAUGAAUCCUUUGAUUACAAUGCAUUAGCUCUCCUGCUGCAGAUCCCCACUCAAAACACACAGGCUCGUGCUGUUCUGGAGAGGGAAUUCAAUAACCUCCUUGCUAUGGGAACUGAUAGAAGACUUGAUGAAGAUGAUGAUAAGAGCUUUAGGAGAGCACCUUCGUGGAGAAAGAAGUUUAGACCAAAGGACAUAAGAGGUUUAGCUGCUGGAUCAGCAGAGACUCUUCCUGCAAAUUUCAGAGUUACAGCCUCAAUGUCUUCACCCUCUAUGCAGCCAAAGAAGAUGCAGAUUGAUGGCAGUGUAUCAGGAACACAAAGAUUGGAUUCUGCCACAGUAAGGACCUACUCCUGUUAAAGCCUUCUCCUGUUUACCCACACUAUUUCUACCGGUGAUAUGCAGCAUUUUGAACAUUUGGAACCCUUAACCUGUUAAUACUUGUUAAAUGGACACUUUGAGAUAUUUUAUUACAGAGUUUUUAAUUAGCAAAUAAAUUCAUGAGUACUAUAGAGAAAAUAUUUUAGAAUCUAAAUGUUUCUUAUAUUUAUGUGACUUGUCAUUUAUAUAGUUACUUACUUUUUCUGUUUCUAUUCAGUCUACAAAUCAAAUCAUUGCUGAUUUUUUAUUCUAAUUUUAGUCUUUCCAACUGAAUGUACUGUAAUGCUUGUAUGUAUAUGUCCCUAUGAGCAAUAUAGGGUUUUUGUAAAUUAUGCAGUAACUGUAAUUAUCAUUGUUUUUUAAUAAUGGAACUGAAGGUGAAAAGGAUUUUAAUACCUUUGUAAAAGUAUCAUGACACCGAGCAGUAUAUAUUUUGUCUUUUGGAGCUCUUAGCUUAGAUCUGAAAACAAGUCCAGCUUUUUUUCAGGUGAGCCUUUGUUGAUGUAGGGGGGACGGUACAUGAGCGUUGUUCUUCUCAGAGCUGUACCUUUCCACACAGAGGAUGUGUCAAGUAGUGGCAAUUUGUCUUUAUUUAAAGUAGAACUGGUUUGAAAAGCUGGGAGGAACUCCUCAGCCUGCGGGAUGCGUUGUAGGAGCGAUUGCCUCAGUCCUAACACCCUCUGCUGUGUUUGCGUAGCGACUCUUCGCAGUGACUGAAAACAAGCCAUAAACCGAGGACUGUUUUUAUUUUUGCUUUUCCUUCCCUGAGGAAGAUAGACUUCGUAAUGAUUCCUGGUCGUGAGCCACAGGCCACAGAGAGGUUUUUUUUUGUCCUAGACCUUUUUGCUUGAAAACACUUGGUGGAAAAUGCUGGUGGAACCAGUUUUAAUGGACCAAUCCUAAAGCACUGCAGCCUCCUGUCAAAUGAGUAGUGAAAGAUGAAGGUACAAUGGGCUGAAAACUAAAGCAGUGCAUCUUCUAAUAAAGGCCUUACUUUUCUUAUGUAAGUCAUCCUAUGUGUUUUGUAAACUUGUUCUAAAGACUUGUCUGGACUUUUAAUUUGGAUGGUUGUAGCCAUUUUGGACUGUAUGAGUAGAAAAUGUAUCUGACACUUGUAAAUGGCAUAUUAAGAAGCCAGCAAGAAUCUGUUCAGAUGGUGCAUUAUUUAUUAUGCAACAAUAUAUAUAGCAUGUCUUUUUUCUUAUUUUGUUUUCCACUUUUAACUUGCUUGUAAAACUGAAAUUCAUUGUUACUGUUCUGUUUUUCUAUUAAUCUUUUGUGUAUUUUCAGAUUAUGUAACAAUAUGUACAGUCUACUUUUGAACUAUUUUUAUCACAGUAUUAUUUAUUGCUUUCAAUAAAGUACUGAUGCAUUUUCCACUGCCAAUAAAACACUAUGGAAAAGCUAAGAUCUAAUUGUAUGCAGGCAGAAACUUUUGCAGUGAGUGGAUAUUGUCAAUAAAGCAUCUUAACGAUUGUUUGCUGCCCUGUAGAUCUGGUUUCAAAUGAUGACCUUUCUCCAGUAGCAAAAAUAUUCCAUUAGCUGUGACAUUUUCUUUGGAAUUGUUCAAGUUCACAUGCAUUAAUGUCAGUUUUCUGGAAAAAAACUGCUUUAUUGCCUACUUCUGCUCAUCAUUAGAGCUAUGAUUUGCUUUUUAAAAUAAUAAACCAGACCUGACACACAACUUCAGUGUAUUCUGGUCCACACGGUGAAGAUGGAAAUGCUGUCCUAGACAGCAGCAACAGUUGCUUUGGUAAUAAAAUGAAAUCAUGGCCAUAGUGAUAUUUGGGGAGAAACAUAGGAGUUGAGGGAACCAGUGCAAAAUGGGGUCACAAUAGAGCUGUUCAUGUCAAUUUUGACAUAUUUGUAAACCAUUUCAUUGAGUACAAGACAGAGGGAUAAAGUUGCAGAAUAAUGAAAGGAGUUGUGAAGCAUAUUCCAUCAUGUCCUCAGAUCGACAGCAGGAUGUGGAAUGCCUGGAGAAACACUGCCAUGGACACUCUAAACCUUAUUCAGUGAUGCAUCUCUGUUUGUCUGGCUUGUCUGUACAAGUUGCUGUCUGUUCAUUUGCAGUCUCUUUUAUAUUCUCAGAGAAUCUAUCUUUCUAGAAAAAAAACCCUAAAAUGGAACUGCAGAAGGAAAUCCUGACUCGCUGUUCACUAAACUUUACUUUGCUGUUUAGAGAAACCUUGCCUAGGCGUUGCUGGUCACUGAUGUGAGUGAUAGUAGGUGUUCAAAGUCAUGUCUUGUUGCUUCUCAAAAGUGAAACCAAUGCGGGGUAGACUUGUGAAAUGUGAACAGAAAAUGCGUUUAUUAUUUUGAGGCUGUAAAACCUUAACUGUUAUGGAACAAUGGAACUGACGUGAGAGGUAGAAUAAAUGAGUGAAAUGGCGAAAGCUUUCACAAACUGGCAAAACUGUGUGUGGUGACUUCCUUCUGAGUUACUCAGCAGAGCUGUGCCGGAGUGAUCCAGAAAAACGUGUCUUGCUCAAUGUUAGUAACUCCCACACACCCUGCUGGAAGAAAACUGCGCAUGUGGAAAAGGCAC